AUGAAUGGCCGCUUGCUAUCGGAGACCCUCUCCCCCUCCUCCUGUUCCCAGCCCUCUCUCCUCCUCUGUAACCUUGUUGCACAUAGCGAUGUGAUAAUGUGGUGUGUGCUCUCUGGCCGUGAAGGAGUUAACACUUGUCGCUGGAGACAGAUAGCUAGGAGCCGAGCAGAGGGACCAGGAGGACGGAAAGGACUAGUGAAUUACCAGCGAGUCGCUCCCUGACUCCCAAAACAUGUCUGUCCCUCUACACAUGCACCUGUGAGCCCUCCACUCAACACGUAUGUUGAACCAGUUUUGUUUUGUUUUUCCGCUAUGUGUUGGUUGAGAAGUGUUGUGUGUCCUGUGUACUUGCCAACAUUUGGGCAGCUGCAGCGAGUGUCUAAUAUAUGUUGGGUCCCUUUGGUUUGGGACUGUGUAGGUCCUAUACAUAUGACCUGUAACAAGGGAUUUUAAACAAAAUGUUUUGUUUAAAAAAAUUUUUUAAAGUGUGUGUGUGUAUAUAUAAAAUGUAAUUUAAUGUCGUCCACAGUAACAUGAAAAUAUCACAUGUCUUUCUUAUACAGUGCAGGGCCAUAGUACUUUAAAUGUAUCCUCUAUUCAGGGAUGUAAGUGGUCUCAGCUGUCUGUCAGAACAAAAAAACCCACAUCCAUUUAUCUUUGCUGUGUAAAACAUACUGAGCUCUUUAUCACUGUGUUGUGGGGCUUUGUGUCUGUUUACCUAGACAAAUAUUUUUUUUUUAAUCUUUUCGCUCCCUUUGCAAUUUUCUGAUUCUAGUCCAUAUAUUGUAUUUUAAUUACCCGAACCCCACCCAACCCCUUUAUUGGUCCUGUAAUCCUAGUAUAUCAAUAAAUAGUUGCAACCCUAAAAAAUGCCCAAAUAAUCUAAAACAUGCCUCGUGCUACAUCUUUUGAGGAAAAUAAUGCCAUCCCAGAGUUCUGGAGACUCCGUCUUCUAAGUUUAUCUGAUGUCUUCAGAAACCCACUAUAAUACAGAUAUAUAUUAGCAAGCGUGAUUACAUCACUUAUGUUAUUAUCGGACUGAAAAAUGACCCCAAACAGAGAGAGAGAAAAAAUGAGGGCGAGGAGAAGAGAAAAGUGAGAAAUUUAGAAAAAUCCACUCAGUGAACACAUGGAACAAAUCUAUAGUACCGAGGAUGGUAUCUCCACAAUGGCCAAAUGUUGUCGCAUUGUUAAAGCAUUUGUUCUUUAUUACAUCUUUAUUGAGCAGAAAAGGCAUAAUGUAGACAGUAUAGAUAUUGACAAAAAGACAUUACUCGGAUUUCAUCUUGUACACAUUUGAAAUAAUUUGUAAAAAAUAUAAAUGUUUAAGAAGUUUUGUCUAGAACGGUGGGUAUUCGCACGGUUUGUUCUGAGCGCCGUUUGGGGUAGAUGAGGUGUAAUACACAAGGAAUGCGCAAGUUCUGUGGAAUUAAAGAGAACAAAUAUGUCUUACUGUCCCUUAGGAGUGAGAGUUAUACGGGCCAUGCCCCCCCCCCCAUUACCUACUCAGAGACUAGGCCCCCCCAGCUUGGGAGGCUUCAGAUGAAAAUGUUGGGUAUUCCCUGAAAGCCCCCAUACAGUCUCGCUUGCAGCUCGGAAGAAUCAGAGGAGUUUAAUGGAGCCUUGUGUUGCUGUUGGAUCGGGUGUAAUAGGGAUGGUAACUGGGUGUACGAGAGCAUUUUACAGGGUAACAGUCUGGUUAAUCACCACAUGAAGUAAUCAGGAACGUUCUAUUCUGCGAUCACAGGCGAAAAUUGUCCAGAUAUUUCAUGGAUCACAGUUUAACAGAUCAAUCAUUGUUCCAGCUUAUGGAGUAUCACUCUGACAUCCCUGGAAAGGUUUGAGGGAUUAUUGCAUGUGUUUGUGGUCCCCGAUUGUGAUACACUAUGUCACAUGCAACAGUCGCUUUCACGGACUGGACCAAAACCUGUGUUUAAUGUUCUUUUUCUGUAUUCUGGUUCUUCAACUUUGCCUAAUUUUAGAAUAUAAAUGAACCCCCCUAAAGCGCUACAAAUGUGUAUCACAAACACAAAUACUAACCACAGCCUGCAAUUACUGAGCGGGCACCGGCCACCGAUUGCGAUUUAGUUUAAUUUGUUCCCUUUGUUUGCUGUAGGUAUUAGUAGUUUGACAGCCUCCAAUUACCAUCCAACGCUGUUAAUGCAAUCUUCUAGUCCCCGAAUGGAUUAUAGCGGGUGGCAAGGGAGCACCUAAACACUUAAUACUUCAUAACAAACCAGUUAAAGGGUUUCUGAAGGAUUUUUGGGAAUAGAAGCCUACAUAGAAUGUUUAUUUUCACUGUGCAGGUAAGAAUUUUCACAAAUGUUUUCUGGACGUUUAGGGGUUUGAAGGAAACCGGCAUUAACUAGAAUAACCAAACUGCAGCCUUUCCAAUGAAACCAACUGAUGUCAGACCAGCAGGAGAAGAGAAAGUAUUGGACUCACAAAACUAUAAAAAGUGUGUGAAUAUUAUUCCAAGUAAACACGCAUUUUGCAUCCUGGAAAAUCCACGAUCUGCGUGUGUCUUUAAGCAUUGGUCCAAUAGGUACUUUAUAAAAUAAACUUGAUUUUUUUUAUUAUGAUAUUCACUGCAGAUCUGACACAGUGUUAAUGCUUGUUUCUAAAACCUGCGCUAUCGACUUAACCUCAAACUGUGAAGCGAACUGCAAAUCUUGGGUCCAGGUAGAAGUUUAUAUUGAGCAUUUCUUACAUUCUAUAUUUUAACCUAAACUUUCAAAUGAAUCUGCCAGUUCUCGAAAGUUCCUUUUUUUUUUUUUGUAAAUAACUCCAACAAAGUUCAGAAACAGAUGUGAAAUGUAUCUGCCGCACUGUGUAGGCUUUUAGCACAGAUCUGUGUCACUCUGCACCCUCGCUUCUCCAAGAAGAGGGCUGUAGGCACUGUGUGAGUUCUGAGCUGAGUGUACGAUCAGGAUGUAGUGAUUUGAGGCAAUAUAGACAGACUGUGUGUAUAGAUAAUAAACAGCCGAUGAUGCUUUCUGAGUUUAAUUUUUUUUUUUUUUUUUUAAAUGCCUACAAUAAAUCUCUAACCAGGUAACCAAUGUUAAAAAGGGCAAAUCGAUUUGCUUCUGUGCAUGUUAAACACAAAUAUUAUACGUCUUUUACUGAUUGAAAUCUUGGGAAAUGUGACUUAUAAACGUGUUGUAGUAGCAGGAUACUGGAGAUUGGAUUUACAAUUGAUUGAGAACAGCUGCGAUGCCAGACAUUAAUUGAAUUUUUCUUGAAUGGGCUUACAUUAUUCCUGUAUUUCUCCAAUAAAUCCUUCCACAUCUAAUCUGAUUUCACUUUGGAGCUUCUUGUGGUUCAACUGAGAACAGGUUUGCCUCGGAUAUCUAGGGAAUUGUGGUUUUGAAAUUAAAAAUCUGUUGUGUUUUGGGCUGCUGCAUGUCUGUUUAUGAUGUGGCAAUUGUUCUUUAACCCUUUAUUUCGGUACAAUAAUAUCUCACUCUGUAUUCAUUUUCUAAUUUUUCUUUGUCUUCUCAUCUUCAGAUUCACCUCUGACAUGGCCAGGGAUUUAAGAGUUCCUAUGGACCAGGACUUACAGGUUAAAAUUUCCCCCAGAGAAAUUAAGAAGUUGCCCAAACGGGCUCGAGAGGACUCAUCAAUGACCGGUGAUCGAUCUCAUUUCCCGGCCGACCAAAAAAAGCCACGACAGAGAUAUAUGGAAAAGGACGGCAAAUGCAAUGUGCACCACGGAAACGUCAAGGAAACCUACCGCUACAUUACUGAUCUGUUCACGACUCUUGUGGACCUCAAAUGGCACAUCAGCCUGUUCAUCUUCACACUUGUGUACACAGUCACGUGGCUGUUUUUUGGCUUAAUCUGGUGGUUCAUUGCUUAUCUCCGUGGGGACUUGGAACAUAUAGGCGACAAAAGCUGGGUUCCUUGUGUAGAGAAUCUUAAUGGCUUUGUCUCUGCUUUCCUCUUUUCUAUUGAGACGGAGACGACGAUUGGCUAUGGUUACCGCGUGAUUACAGAGAAGUGUCCUGAAGGAAUUAUCUUGCUGCUGGUUCAAGCUAUCUUGGGCUCCAUUGUUAAUGCACUCAUGGUGGGCUGCAUGUUUGUAAAGAUAAGUCAGCCUAAAAAACGUGCAGAAACCCUGAUGUUUUCCAAUAACGCAGUGAUUUCUUUACGAGAUGAAAAGCUAUGCUUGAUGUUCCGCGUAGGCGACCUGCGCAGUUCCCACAUUGUGGAGGCCUCCAUUCGCGCCAAGCUCAUUAAGUCUAAACAGACCAAGGAAGGAGAGUUCAUACCUCUUAAUCAGACUGAUAUCAAUGUGGGCUUUGAUACAGGUGACGACCGUCUCUUCCUGGUCUCCCCUCUGAUUAUUUCACAUGAAAUAAAUGAGAAAAGUCCUUUUUGGGAAAUGUCGCGCAUGCAGCAUGAGGGAGAGGACUUUGAGAUUGUUGUAAUCCUGGAAGGAAUGGUAGAAGCUACAGGUAAGACAUUUGGGCCUGUUAUAUGGGGAGAAAAUGCCUUUCAUCCUUUCCAUAGUCAGGGAAUACUCAUUAAAAGGACACUCCAGGUACCAGCACAGGUUUUGGCCAGAUAUCCAUGCUGACAUUUUCUCUACAUUCCGUUCUCUUUAAUUUAAAAUAAUUUUGCAAGAAAAAAGUUUUACAAGUUUCUGCAGAUAACUCUGCCCAUAGGCAUGUGCAUGAGGGGAGCAAUGUGUUCGCAGUCACACUCUAACGUACGGCACUCAACUCUCCAUUUAUUGAGCGUUCGAAAGAGUUCAUUCUCCAGCUGAAGGUGAAGAUUAUCAUAUUUUGCAUAUCUGCUCGCUACAUUAUCAUAUUUUGCAAUCGUCCUUUGCUUUUCAAACUCCCCAGACAGAAAAUGCUGCAGGCAGAGUGUGUGCUGACAGUAAUGAACACUGUCUGUGAUAAGAAACCGCCUGACCCGAGGUGCGUAAAGAACGAUAGCAGAAAGAGUGGGAAUAGUAGGUGAAUGAUUUCUUCAAAAUUCCAACCUUUGUGAAUUUAAAAAAAAUAAAAUGGUAUGUUAUAUCAUAAGUCAUAUUUUUUUUGAUAUAUGAAACCUUUUUAGUGAUGGUCAUUCUUAAAGUGGUGCUGGUGCCCAGAAUGUCCCUUUUAGAGGAGGGAAGCUCUAUAAUCGCUUUCCAGCAGGGUGGCUGAGACAUUGACUCUGGGAGGAUUCAAGAAAUAGUGAGAUAUACCCAAAGCUGCCCUGAGUUGGAAAUACAGUGCAGAAUAAAGUCUGAGAUUUUUGUUUGGAAAUAACUAAACUAAAUGGGAUAUUUGGGAUUCCUUUUUGCCAAAAUCGGUUUCUCUCUGAAUCUUAACUUCUGCAUAAUUGAUGGAGUAUAUUGUAUUAAGGAGUCUAGGUUACUUGGAAUUGUUUUUUUUGUUUUUCCUAUUGUAUUGUAAACGCUAUCUUUAUCGCAUUUUAUUAUUUAUCUACAUAGCCCAUAAUCCUGUUUAUACAUCAGUGGAUGUGCUUUAUAAGGUACAGUAAUCAUUCUGGACUGGAAGUCAGUGGAUGCAGAUCACACAAGGUGCAGCUAAAUCGAAUUCUUCUAACCCAGCUCCCGAAUAAAAAUUAAAUAUAAAGAUCUAGCGUAGAACUAAAUCCUCUAUCUAUUUACAAAAUCCCGCUUGUUGCAUAUUCACAAGGUUACGGUUAUUUCAACACAGAAAGACAAACCAAGUGAGACGUUUUCCAUCUAUUUAAAAGAAAUGUAGUGUUUUAUUUGCACACCUUUUGGUAUUGCUAGUACUGUAUUUGUUAAAGGAACACUAUAGUCACCUAAAUUACUUUAGCUAAAUAAAGCAGUUUUAGUCUAUAGAGCAUUCCCCUGCAAUUUCACUGCUCAAUUCACUGUCAUUUAGGAGUUAAAUCGCUUUGUUUCUGUUUAUACAGCCCUAGCCACACCUCCCCUGGCUAUGAUUGACAGAUCCUGCAUGAAAAAAAACUGGUUUCAUGUAAUUUACAUUAAAUAAUUGUAUCUCAAUCUCUAAAUUGAAUUUUAAUCACAUACAGGAGGCUCUUGCAGGGUCUAGCAAGCUAUUCACAUAUCAGGGGAUAAGAAAAUCUUAAUUAAACAGAACUUGCAAUAAAGAAAGCCUAAAUAGGGCUCUCUUUACAGGAAGUGUUUAUGGAAGGCUGUGCAAGUCACAAGCAGGGAGGUGUGACUAGGGUUCAUAAACAAAGGGAUUUAACUCCUAAAUGGCAGAGGAUUGAGCAGUGAGGCUGCAGGGGCAUGUUCUAUACACCAAAACUGCUUCAUUAAGCUAAAGUUGUUCAGGUGACUAUAGUGUCCCUUUAACCUUGAUAAAUUCUGUUUAAAAAAAAAACCAGUAGCCAAACACAGCAAGUUUAAUUUACAGACCGUAUCAUGUUACACUUUCCAAAGAUGUCGGGUACAAUGCUACGUUCUACUACAUUUCAUAUGUUACCAACGUCAAUAAGCAUGUGAAAAGCGUCCACAUGGCGCUCCUUGAGGGGAGCAGGCUGUUCGCAGUGACACCCUAAUGUACGGCACUCAAUUCUCCAUUUAUUGAGAGUUCAAAAGAGUUCAUUCUCCUGCGGAAGAUGAAGAUUAUCAUAUUUUGCAUAUCUGUUCGCUACAUUAUCAUAUUUUGCAAUCGUCUGUUGCUUUAGCUGCCACAAACCCCGAUAAUUCUCUUUAUUCUAUUUAUUUAUUUAUUCUAUUUUUCUAUUUCAUAGAAAAUUACAUGAAUUCUAUAUUAUUCAAAGAUUGAUGGAUUUCAGACUGUGUGUGUGUAGGCCCUCAUAGACAAAUCUCUUAUUACAAGAGCUGACACUCUGCAAAGCUGCAAUUUGCCUGAAAUUAGAUUUUCUUUUCUGGUUUGAUCUUUGUGAAGGAGAGAAAUUCAUUCUGGAAGGUCUGAUUGGUUCUAUUCUCCGUUAUUACAUCGGCUGUUUUAACGAUAAUUUCAUAAUACUUCAUAAUACCCAGCCUCUCAGAGAAUUAGGGUUCCUUUCUGAACACAAAACCGUUUGUAAAUCCCAUUUGUAAACCCAUCGAACUCUAAUCCUCCCUCCCUUCUCUCUUCUCCUGGGGCCCCCUUCGAUGUUUCAUUUCCCCAUGUGUCUCAUUCCCUGCCCCCAGCCCCUCCAUGUGUCUCAUCCCCCCCAAGUGUCUCAUUUCCUCCCCCUAACCCCUCCAUGUGUAACAUUCCCUACCCCCCAACCCCUCCAUGUGCAACAUUUCCUCCCCCCAAGCCCCUUAAUUUGUCUUAUGUCUCCCAAAGCCUCUCUAUGUGUCUCAUCCACCCAGGCACCUCCAUGUGUCUUUCUCCCCCUCCGCUCUUGCCCCUCCAUGUGUCUCAUUCCCUUCUCCAAGUAUCUCAUUCGCUCCCCCCAGACCCUCCAUGCGUCUAAUUUCACCCACAAGCCACUCCAUGUGUAUUUCUACCUCCUCCACUCUUGCCCCUCCAUGUGUCUCUCCCCACCCUGCAGCCCCUCCAUGUGUCUCUCUCCCCCCUGCAGCCCCACCAUUUCUCUCACCCCCUCCCUUCCCUGCAGCCACUCCAUUUCUCUCCGUCCUCCCCUUCCCUGCAGAUUCUCAAUUUCCCUCUUCCCCACCCUUUCCCUGCAGCACCUCCAUUUCUCUCCUGUUGCAGCCCCUCCAUUUCUCUCACCCCUUGCCCUGCAGACCCUUCAUUUCUCUACCCCAUGAAGACCCUCCAUUUCUCGCCCCUUCCCCCACAGACCCUCCCAUUUCUCCCCCCGCAGACCCAUUAUUUCCCCAUUCCCCUGCAACCCUCCAUUUCAACCCCCCCUUUCCUCUGCAGACCCACCAUUUCUCUCUCUCCCUGCAGACCCUCCAUUUCUCCAUUUCCCUUCCCUGCACACCUUCCAUCCCCUUCCUGCAGACUUCCAUUUAACCUCUCCCCUGCAGACCCUCCAUUUCACCCCCUCCCCCCGAUCUUGGUACCCGUCUGAGUCUGACAGGAAGUGUUCUCUCAGUGAGCACUUCCUGUCAGACCGCUCGGCCGCGCUACACACAGCAGCAAGAGGGGAGCACAGCACAUCACUCCCCUCUUGCCAGUUAGCCUGCGACUGCGGGCCUUGGCUGGUGCUUCUGUGCACCGGCCCUAAAGGUCUGCUUGCGGCCCAUGGUCGCAGGGGUCGCAGUGGUGGAUGGGACCCCUGGAGUGACAGGCCCGGUCACAGCUGUGACCGAUGCGACCGUGGCAGUGGCGUACAUACUGGGGUUGCAGGGGUCGCGACCCGGUAUGUACCCACUGUGACCAGCCUCUUCUCCUGAGGUGCCCAGGAGCUGGCCCUAUCACCAGGCGGGCAGGCAGGCUGGCGGGCGUGCGAGGGAGCACUCUCCCCUGUGUGCUCCCUCGUGCACCGUACUGAUACCGGAGCCAGAAGAUGACGUCAUCUUCCGGCUCUGGCAUCAGUACGCGGCGUGCGAGGGAGCUGAAGAGGAAGCACUCAGCCAGAGAGAGUGCUCCCUCGCACGCCCGCCAGCCUGCCUGCCCGCCGGGUGAUAGCAGGGCCAGCCCCACUGGACCCCAGGGAAUCCCCUCAGCACUCCCAAAGUUAAGGAGGCUGGGGGGGGAUUAAUUUUUUCUUUUUAAAAGUGUGUGAGCGUGUGUGUGUCUGUGUGUGUGUGAGCAUGUGUGUGUCUGUGUGUGCGUGUGUGUGUGCGUGUCUGUGUGUGUGUGUGUGUGUCACUGAGUGUAUUAGUUUGUGUGCAUCUGUUAGUGAGUGUGUGUUUUGUGAGUGUGUGUCUGUCUCUCUGUCUGUCAGUGAGUGUGUAUGUAUGUCUGUCACUGAGUGUGUGUCUGUCAGUAAAUGUGUGUGUCUGUUAGCUAGUGUGUAUGCGUCUGUUCGUGAGAGAGUGUGUGUGUGUGUGUCUUAAGCACUUACCUUUCUCCAGCACCGGACUCCCUUGGCGCUGGGGAUCUCUCUGCCCCGAUUCGCCUUUCAGCUACGAAUGCGCAUGCGUGGCAAGAGCCGCGUGCGCUUUCAGUUUCACUACUCAAUGCUUUCCUAUGGACGUUCAGCGUCUUCUCACUGUGAUUUUCACAGUGAGAAUCGCGGAAGCUCCUCUAGUGGCUGUCUCAUUGAUUAGCUGGAUUAACCCUUCUCUGAAACUUCUAUGUUUUCAGCUGCAGGGUUAAAACUAGAGGGACCUGGCACCCAGACCACUUCAUUGAGCUGAUGUGAUCUGGGUGUCUGUAGUGGUCCUUUAAGUGUAUGUGUAUCUGCAUGCACUGGCGUACAUACCGCGGUCGCAGGGGUCGCAGCCUUGCGACCAGGUGCCCACCGCCAUGUGUUGCGGCCCCAGCCCGGGCAGAGUAAGCGUGUGGGGGGGGGGGCGCACGGAUCAGUUUUCGCACCGGGGCCCCAUGGGUUGUGUGUACGCCACUGGACCGUGGUAGUUACGCCACUGGUGUUAAUAUAAGUGUAUAUACAAUUUUAUAAUAUAUAUGUGUGUAUAGUAUAUGGUUGUGUGAGUGAAGAAUGUGAUUGUGUGUGCGUGUGUGUGUGUGUGUAAGGUUUAUAGUUUUAACCCUGCAUGUGCUGUUCACAUAGAAGCUGGGUUUCAACUGGCAAGUUUCAAAUCCCCGAGAGGCAGGGUUUAACCCUGUGACUACGGAUAGUAAGUGAGGUGAAGGAACUUUGUCACCUCUUGCAGGCCUUGAUCUCAAUCUAUUGCUUGGACAGGGUCGGUAAGAUGGGGUAAUGAGCAGCCUGAGAUGGAGGUGGCUAUAGUGAUUGGAGACCACGAGGUGUAAGGGCAAUCAGUACUGACUUGGGGAUAUUUAAUCUCAGACAGUUUUAUAUAUAUAGAUAGAUAGAUUUGAGUGGCCAUGCUAGUCCAGUAAUUCUGAUGCUAAAAUUGCUUUUUUACUUUUCUUCACUAGUCACCCCAGUAACCACUUCAGCAUGUGAGGGUAUGAGAUUAUUUUCAGAGAAUUUCCAUUUUAAUAGAGACCGUACAAUGCAUGCAUGAUCGCUUCGCACUAAUGUCGUCUGAAAACUACCCAGAGUAAAGCAAGCAUAACGAUGGGCAGCUACAGCGUCUGUGACAAACAGGAAUGUCAGAGACGGGAAAGGGAAGAGUAAGAGAGAAAUAUUCAUCUUUUAUUUCUAAAAAAAAUAACGUUAAUGGUACAAGUAGGUCCAAACCCAGCAAACCCCAGCCACUUAUAAAGGUCACCUUGUGCCUAAAUCAUUUAUUGUCACUUGUGUUGAAAUACGGGACUUUGUAUCAAUCCGAUCAUAGUGAAAGAUGGCAGAGUAUCUAUUGGAGAUAUCGGAGGUUAGUAGACGAGGACAUUUGUAGCCAUUUCACCGGUUACAUGUAUAACAGAGGCUUUUAGUGACCGAGCACUGACAGUCCAACAAUCCACAUUAUCAGGUUAUUGAUCGACUUACAAUCGGUAUAGCUGGAAUCUUCAGGAACAGGAUUAGGAGUUGGAAAACACGGAAAAUUGUAGCAUUCUGGUGGGUGGACAGGGUGAUAUAAAUCACUGCCUGACCCCAGCAACUGCCAGGUUAACUCUGAAACCAACUUAUUCCACAUUUCAAGGAACAUUAAGCAGGGCAAUAAAUAACAGAGAACCUAGGGCCAUUGCUCCUUAACCCUUUCUCGGCUAAUUUGCUACUGGACUACAUUCAGCAAGAAAAAACACAGCAAUAAAUCUUGCAGUGAAUUUACCUUCAGACUAAUGCAUUUUGUAAAAAGACAGAUUAUGCGUCCUUUUCAGUGUAACAUGAAGGGAGCUUGUUUAUGAAUCCAUGCCGUGUUUAUUUAGGUAUGAUUGAGAUAAACAUCCGUAAUAUUGAAAUAAAAGCCGUCUGUAUGUGAGUUCCUCAACAUUAUUAAGGGGUUUAAGACUAAGAUGUUUUAAGACUAAGAAGUUUGAUCAUAUUCUAAUACGCAGUGAAUUAGGACGGUGUCCGACCCGACGCUGAAUAUCUUUGUAUUUUGUGACUUUUCUAGGGAUGACUUGUCAAGCGCGCUGCUCCUACGUUGCUUCUGAAGUGUUAUGGGGUCAUCGCUUCAUGCCCGUCCUAACUUUGGAGAAAGGAUUCUAUGAAGUGGAUUACACGAGUUUUCAUGACACCUACGAGACCCCCACUCCAAGCUGCAGUGCUAAAGAACUGGACGGACUGCAGAGGGGAGAACGGAUAGUCCGUCUCUGCACUCCACACAGGGAUAAGGGAGCUCAGAAUGGGGCAUUGGGAUCAGAAGAACGAAAGCCUGGGACACAGCCAGACUGAAACCGUGCAGACCUGGAGGUAUAUCUACUUCUACUGCUUCUUCACAGCGAGCAGUGCCAGCGAUACUCCAUGUUUUGCUUUAUUUAUUGUAACAAAGGAUGUGAUGGGUUGAAUGGGUAUCUUGGUAAAAUAGCUAGUCUCCCCCUCCACCUCCCCACCUGGACAGCUGAAUUAGGAGAUAAGCUAAAUCAAUACACGUUAUUAACCGGAACCUUUAUCCCAUGGUGGACAGUAUGUACAAAGGUUGUGUGGUCCUCCCCUGCCAGCUCUAAUCCAUGAAGCAUUAUAUGAAGAAUGCCCUCUCCUGGGGAUGAGUGGUAUUUAUUGGUGGAGGGGUUAGAUGCUCUGUCUGUAGCUAUAUGUACACAGUGAUAAUAUAGUGUCAGCACUAAAUAAAGUAAAUGUAUUCUCAGUUUUUACAACGUCCACUUUGUUCUGAUGAGAUACGGC